UAUAUAUAUAUAUAUAUAUAUAUAUAUAUAUACAAUAAUAACCGAUUACCCCGGGCUGUACUGCAAAUUAUCGCCCCAGGUCUAAGUAUCGUCCGAGCUUGCGAGGUUGGUGGCGAUAUCGAUAUCUAUAAAUGUAUUGUAGAAGUUAAUAAUAAUUUCAAAUUUUUUCAAUUUUUUUUUUCUCGUGUUUAUCUACAUAAUAAGCAACAAUUUUUCUUGACGACGCGCAAUACCGCUCCAUAUCGGGCCAUAUAAACAUUUGUAACGCUUUCGAAUAUGUAUGCGAAAAAGAUGUUUAUGCAUCGCAUAAUUUUACUUUUCUUUAGAUAAAAAGUCAUUCAUUGCGAAAAAAUUGAACAUAGAAUAAUAGUACAACAGUUAAUCAAUCAAGCCAGCUAAUCAAAAAGUAACAUUAACAAAUUAAAAAACAAGUAUAAAAAAAUAUUCAAUACAGACAUGUCGUUCGAAGUAGAAGCAAUCGCAUUGAGCAUGAUCAUAGCAUUUUCCUUGGCUUUUAACGCACUUGUUAUUGUCGCAUUUUGUAAAUACUUUGACACAACAAAAGUCAAAGACAUAUUUUUAGUAAGCUUAGCUGUAAGUGAUUUAUUGCAAGCAGUUAUUGGUUAUCCCCUCGAAGUAAAGGCUCUGUUGGUUGGCACACAAGGAGUGGACAUCGCAGUAUGUAAAACAAUUGGUUUCUUUGUAACUUUUCUUGGUCUAGUAUCAAUCAAUCAUAUUGCGUAUCUGGCAUUGGAACGUCUUAUUGCAGUUGCUUUCCCUUACACUAUUUCUAAAAUGCAAACCAAGCAAUUUAUUGUCAUUUCAUUGUCGGUUAUAUGGUUACUUGGAUUGUCCUGGGCUGUUUUUCCACUUCUCGGUUGGUCAGCUUAUGCAGAAGAAUCUGACGGAAUACGCUGUUCUAUUCAAUGGUAUGAUACAUCGGUAUCUGGCAGGUCAUAUAUAUAUUCAUUUGUCGUGUUUGAGUACGUGAUCCCAGUGGCCAUUAUGGCCACGUCAUUUGCAGUUGUACGUAAAGUCGCAAAAAGCAUGAACGAGAGGCAAAGGCAAAUCAGUGGUUCACAGCAUUCUGAAGAUGCAAUGAAAAAACAUGACAAAAUGAUUGUAGUUAUGGCUUCGUCAUAUCUGAUUGCAUGGACGCCAUAUGCAUUUAUAUCUAUUUAUGGUACGAUAACAGGCAAUCAAAUAUCUGUAACUUUAAGUACAGCAUUCGCAAUAACGGCAAAGUCGUCAACGAUGUUUAACCCAAUGAUAUAUGCAUUGCUUUAUAAUGACUUCAGAGGAAAAGUAAAGCGUCUGUUUGGUCAACGAGUUGCUCCGGUGAUGUAAAAUUAAGUUCAACACAUACACAGAAGUAUUUCCGCUAUUUGGUUACAAAAAAUUAUUUACACAUUGGGAACUUAGGAAUUUAUUUAUUGUAAUUCCCAUAAUCGCACCCCAGGUAAACCUUAGCACGCGAUUCUUCUUUCGGACACUUUCAGGACUUGUAGUAUUCACCCGUCUCUGGUUUGUU